AUGUUUUCUUCGGGCUCGGGUGAUGCCAAAGGGCGGCAGACGUCGGGCGGCAAGUCGUCGUUCUUCUCGCGCCGUCACCACAAGGACAAGCACAAUGAACACGUGCCCGACAGUCCCUCGCUGCCUUCGGAAUGGUCGCAAAACCCUCUACCACCUGUGCCUCCUCCGCACCAACAACACCAAUACCACCAGCAGCCUCCUUCAUCGUCGCACUCGCACUCGCACUCUUCGCGCCGUUCUGUCGACCAUGGCGGCGGCCUCAUGACAGCCAUCCCCUACGACAGCGUACCGCGAGAUACCAGGUCGCCAGUACGUGUCGAUUAUCUACCAGAGAACAGUUCGCAGCUGCCUGCUCCGCCGCGGCCGCCGCAGCAUGCAUCGCAAUACUCGCUGGCCAGCACGGGCCGAACAAGCUCCUAUGAGAACUCAAUACACUCGCAAUAUGACCAAUAUCCUGCCUCGGAUAGGGCCAGCGUACGCUCUAGUCACAGCCAUCGCACGUCGAUAUCCAUGCACCCGCAACAUUCGCCGUCUUCGUUCCCCAAUAUGUCGCUCGAUUCAACCACCCUCCUCCCCCAACUAGCUCCCUCGUCCACUCGUGGAUCUCAACAGAAUGGCUUCCUUAGCGCCAACCAGCCUUCAGCCUUCAGUUCUACAGCAUCUUUUACUCCUGACGGAUUCAAUCUACAACGACCGUCCGACGACCGCGUUAUCGAGAAGGAAUUUUUGGAACUCAUGCACAAGCGUGGGUGGAAGAGUUUGCCUGAACAGGCCCGGAGGCAGAUGGAAGCAUAUCCCAUAAACAAGAAAUGGACUCUGGUACAUCAGGACAGAUUGGCCGAAUGGCAGGGCGAACAAAAGAGACGUGCGCAUGCGAGGACAACAAUAAAUGCGGACACGGGUCUGGGCUUACUGGGCCGUGCCGAUGAAGAAGGGAGUCCCGAAUGGUAUGUUCGCAAAGUCCUCGACAAUUCGAUCAGCGCAAAGCAGUUGCAAAGUUUGGCCGUCAGUCUGCGUACUCAGCCUAUCGGAUGGGUAAAGGCAUUCGUGGAAGCACAAGGUCAGGUCGCUUUGGCGAAUGUGCUCGGCAAGUAUAAUCGCAAGCAGACCACAGGUCCGCAAAACCCUUCUGUUAACGAAAGAGACUUGGACCGCGAGUACGAUAUCGUCAAAUGUCUGAAGGCGUUGAUGAACAACAAGUACGGUGCGGAUGAUGCUCUUGAACACGCCCCUAUCGUUAACGCUCUCGGGGCAUCUCUUAUUUCACCUCGCCUCAACACCAGGAAACUCGUCAGCGAAGUACUCACUUUUUUGUGUCACUGGGCAGAAGGACGAGGCCAUCAAAAGGUUCUUCAAGCUCUGGACUCUCUCAAAUCUUCGCAAGGAGAAAAUGGCCGCUUCGAUGCUUGGAUGCGCAUUGUCGAGGUCACUGUUGACGGUAGAGGCAAGAUGGGUAGCUUGGUUGGAGCUAGUGAUGAGGUCCGCAGUGGUGGCAUUGGUAUGGAGAACCUGCUCAUGGAAUAUGCUGUUGCUUCUCUUUUCCUCGUCAACAUGAUUGUCGAUGCGCCGGAACGAGACCUGCACUUACGAUGCCAUAUCCGUGCCCAGUUCACAGCAUGCGGUAUCAAGCGUAUUCUCAACAAGAUGGAGCAAUUCCAGUACGAUAUCAUCGACAAGCAAGUUGAGAGAUAUCGAGCGAACGAGAUUAUCGACUAUGAAGAUCUGCUUGAGAAAGAGAACCAGGUCGAUGGUCAAGAGCCAGAGCCCCAGGAUCUGAGCGACCCUGUGCAGAUUGUCCAAGCAAUUAUGUCCAAGGUGAACGGAAGUCAUUCGGCAGAUUACUUCGUAUCUUCUCUGCAGCAUCUGUUGCUCAUUAGAGACAAUGAGGCCGAGGACAGGCUUCGCAUGUUCCAGCUUGUGGACGCCAUGUUGAGUUAUGUGGCCAUGGACAGACGAUUGCCCGACAUGGACCUCAAGCAGAGUCUCAACUUUACUGUCCAGAGUUUGAUGGACAAGCUUUAUACAGACUCCGAAGCGCGACAAGCGAGAGACGAAGCCUUGGAAGCUCGCCAAAUUGCCGAAUCAGCACUGGCAGAGCGUGAUGAAUUAAGAGCUCAACUCGAGCUUGGUGCCGAUGGACUAGUCAAGAAGCUUACACGUCAGCUUGAAGAGCGCGAUUCGGUUGUCCAGAUCCAACAACGCCAGAUCGAGGGCCUCAAAGCAGAACUUGCAGAAGUUCAACGUGUGAGAGCUUUGGAGCUGCAACGCAACGAACUCGAAACCAGAGAGCUAUACCUUAUGCUGCGUGAUGCUCAGGACAUUGCAGCUUCUUCGGCAAAGAAUGGUAACAAGAGUGGCGCUGCUGUUGAUCCGACUCAGAUGCAAGGUAUCCUGGAUCGUGAAAGGCUCAUGGACCGUCUGGAAAUGCAGCUUGAAAGAGCAAAGACGCAGGCGAAACUCGAAGGUAGAGUUUGGCAGCAAGUCGACCCCUCGGAUAAGCUUCGUGAGUUGCGUGAGAAGAUGGAUGGCCCCGGUGGAACGACUGGUGCAAUUCCUGACAGCUUGCCCGACGGCUAUAUUGGAAGUGUUUCGAGGACACAAAGAGGCGGGAUCACUCGCAAACCACUUCCUAGUCAAUCUCAGAAAGACAGUGACGAGUCUCAGGACGAAGACGACGAAGAGGCUACCGUUUAUGAGAAGCCUCGUAUUGUCGAGAUGAAGCGACCCAAGAUCAGCUCUGCUCAUGCUCAAGCUGGUUAUCUCAAUGACAUUGUCAACAAGGUCCGCCGUAUCGACGCGAGCGACGACGAAGAAAACGGCACCGUUACUGGAUCUACACACUCUAGGAAUGUUUCCUCCCAGUCUAGACAUGUGUCGUCGCACUCCAGGCAUGUUUCCUCACACUCGAGGAACGGUUCCGCUCAGCAUGCCAGAAACCCUUCUGCUCAACACGUCAGGAAUCCUUCUGCUCAGCUCAAGGCAGAUGGCGAGCCCAAAUUUGAUGGCGCGAUGCCNACCCCUCCUCCACCCAUGCCUGGCUUUAAUGGAGCUUCUGCUCCGCCGCCGCCGCCACCGUCUAUGCCCGGUUUCAAUGGUGGAGCUCCUCCUCCUCCGCCUCCGAUGAUGCCAGGCUUCAACGGAGCCGCGCCUCCUCCGCCGCCUCCACCACCAGGUAUGGCUGGUUUCUCUUCCGGUGGCCCGCCACCACCACCUAUGCCUGGAUUCUCCGGCCCGCCACCUCCGCCCCCGCCAGGAAUGCCCGGUUUCUCUACUGGGGCCCCUCCUCCGCCUCCACCUAUGCCCGGCUCUCCUAUGCCUGGAUUUGGUGGUCCACCACCUCCCCCUCCACCAGGCAUGCCAGGUAUGAAGGCAGGAGGACCACCCCUCCGCCUCCCCCCACCAGGAGCACCUCCUAUGCCUGGAGCCAGAAGGGGUGGAUUCUUGCCCCAAGCUCAGUAUGCAGCUACUUCCACUGGUGCAAUGGGUGUGGCGAGGCCCAAGAAGAAGCUCAAGGCUUUGCAUUGGGAGAAGGUCGAUUCCUCCGAGUUUACCAUGUGGGCUUCGCAUGCACCUACACAUGAAGCGAAGGAGGAGAAGUACGCCGAACUUAGCAAGAAGGGUAUUCUUGAUGAAAUCGAGCGUCUCUUCAUGGCCAAGGAGAUCAAGGCAAUUGGCAAGAAGGAGAAGAAGAGCGACAAGAAACAGAUCAUGCCUAGUAACUUGAUGCAGACCUUCCAAAUCUCUUUGGCAGUAUUCUCGCAACGGCCGUUGGAGGAUGUUGUCCGCAUGGUUAUACACUGCGACAAGGAAGUGUUAGACAGUCCUGUCGUCAUGGACUUCUUGCAAAGAGAGGACAUGUGUACCAUCCCCGACAACACCUCCAAGCUUAUGGCACCUUACAGUAGAGACUGGACUGGCCCGGAUGCACUGAAAUCAGCUAGAGAGCAGGAUCCUUCUGAGUUGACUCGCGAGGAUCAGAUCUACCUUUACACAGCCUUCGAAUUGCACCACUACUGGAAGGCCAGAAUGAGGGCAUUGGCUUUGACCAAGAGCUUCGAGCAAGAAUACGACGAGGUCUCGGACAAGCUGAAGAUGGUUUGCAACGUUUCAGAAUCACUUCGCGACUCUGUCCGCUUGAUGCCAGUCUUUGGUCUCAUUCUCGACAUUGGUAAUUACAUGAACGACUCCAACAAACAAGCCAUUGGUUUCAAGCUUAGUUCGCUCGCCCGUCUUGGUAUGGUCAAGGAUGAUAAGAACGAAUCUACCCUGAUGGAUUAUGUUGAGCGUGUCGUACGCAGACAGUAUCCCCAAUGGGAAGGCUUCACUGAAGACAUUGGUGGCGUUGUUGUGGCUGCCAAGUUGAAUGUUGAUCAGCUGAUGGUCGAUGCUAAGAAGUAUGUUGACAACAUCAAGAAUGUGCAAAUGUCCUUGGAUGCUGGUAAUCUCAGCGACCCACGCAAGUUCCACCCUGAGGACAGGGUCAGUCAAGUGGUUCAGAGAUCAAUGAAGGAGGCAAGAAGAAAGGCAGAACAGAUGGAGCUGUACCUCGAGGAGAUGAAGAGAACGUACAACGACAUUAUGACCUUCUUUGGCGAUGACAACCAAGACGAAUCGGCGAGGAGAGAAUUCUUUUCCAAGCUGGCCAAUUUCGUCAACGAGUAUAAGGUGAGCUUGAUCGAAUAUGUCAUGACUGCUGAAGUUUUUACUAAUGUCUACACCAGNAAAUCGCACGAGAAGAACACAUCUCAAGAAGAAACACAGCGUCGCAACGAAGUUUCAAUGCGUCGCAAGGCACAAGCGAGUCAAUCUGCCCUUGAGAAGGCCACUUCAGAUCCUGCCGGUCCUCCUUCACCUGCUUCACAGGGCGCCAUGGAUACAUUAUUAGAGAAGCUUCGCGCCGCCGCUCCUGCUACUAGAGACACUAGAGAUCGCCGACGACGAGCCCGCCUCAAUGAACGUCACCAACGCCGUGUGGCUUCUGGUCAGCAGAUGCCGGAGAUUGUUGGUGUAACAUCACCUACAGACGAUUCGGCUUUCCUCUCUCCAACUUCUGAUAUUGCGCCUGAGCGCCCAUCAACAUCCGACAGCACAACACUGUCUCCUCAUGUCGAAGAGCAUGACAAAGGUGCCAUCAGCGAAGGAGAAGAUGUGGCAGAUCGAGCAGCUAGUCUUCUACUCGGCCUUCGUGGUAGUACUGGCGAUAACGACGAACCGCCUCUUUCCCGCGAUAGUGAGAACCUCCGCGUCCGUCGACGUCGUGAUCACGCAGAUAGCGAACGUGAGCGCCGCCGCCGGAGACGCGCACCGGGCACCAGCACCGCCUCUACUGACGGGCGCCCCCAAACAGGCAUCAGCGACGCCAGUGCCGACCAUCAUGACGACGAUACCAAGUCCGAAAUUGGCGACACCAGAUCAGAUGCCGGAAACGGUGAUGUUGGAGAUGGAUUGAAGAUCGAUCUUCAACUCAUGACACCGUUAAUGAGUCCGGUGUUGGCUUCUCCACCCAUCACUAUUGUUAGCCCGCCUUCACCCACCGCCACAGCAGAGAAACGAGAUUUCAGCGCGCCGAAUGGUAGUCCCAGAUUAUCAUGA